CGACCCCCCGCCCCGCCAGCUGCCCUACCAGAUGCUCUGUCGUAGCUACCGGUAGCUCGCUGCGCGAAUCUCUCACGGUCGUUCUUCCUUCCCUUCUCUUCUCUUCUUUUCGCAGCGGGGCUGGUUCACUCGUUCUUCUUCUUCAACGCCGUUAUUUUAAUUCCUGCUUUUUUUCUUCGACACAACAUCCACCUCUUCCGCCAUGGGGAUGCUAAUCAAGAACCACUGGGCCCGCCUCAUCAUCCUGACGGCCGCUGCUUACCAAAUCGCCGCCGCAGUAGAAGCCUUCUUCUGGCCCAAAAUCUUCUGGGACUUCCUGACCAAGAACCUUGACGGCGCCGUGAAACCCAUUCCCGCCCUGCAAAUCAUCAAUCUCCUCCUGGGCAUCUUCGGCCUCGCCUACGAGUGGCCGCUCCCGUUGCUGGCCGGCACCGGGAUCCACAGGUCGAUUGAGGCGCGGCUGAUCAUCUAUCCGCUGAGUGCGCUGUGUGCGCUGCUCAUCUAUCAGGGCACGAACUCGGGGCUCUACUACAUUGUCGGGAUGAUGGCGUACUUUUGGGCGUAUAGCGAGGGCGAGAUUGUAUGUCCUGAACCUUGGACACUGCCGAAGCGCGGCUCCACAAUCCGGAAUCGAGUGUAGUGCUACUCUUUCAAGCACAACAGCUCCCCUCCUCUCCGCAAAGAGCCAUGUCAAUAUCGAUUUUGAAAGCUAUAUAUACCAAAAUCACGAUUCGCAUCCAUCAACCGAUCCAUCAGUCCGCUCCAUUGUGUAGCACGGCGGAAGGCGUUAGUUUUGUUUUAGGCGUGGGUGGGCAUUUAUCAA